CGGAGAUGGAGAGGAGCUUAUGACCGCAACAAGACACAAGUUAACAGGAACGGAGCCAGUGUGAGUGAGGUCGUGUUACGGCACUUGUCCCCUCUCUCGCCACUAGUCACUCGCUCGCGCUUCUCCCGCUGCCGCCAUGCUGUACCCUGCACUGCUCUACACUGCUCUGCUGUUACUGGCCCCGCUGGGGAGUGCAGAGGCACGCGCUCUGCAGCCACCCGCCGACGCCGUGCAGUUCAUGGAGCAGUUUCUCGACCGCUACAACGACCUUUUGACCUUGGACGAUCUGGAGAACCUGCUGAGCAGCCGGGCUGGAGAGACCGCUGCCGCCGGGGUCCAAGCCGCGGGGAACCCCAAAUGGGCCGACCCACCGGCCGCCCAGAGUGAGACUCCCUGGCUCCGCCUCUUAAAGGGUUCCCUGGCCAAUCAGAAGCGAGCAGAACCGGACAGGUCACGGAGGGGAUGGAACCGGGGGUGCUUCGGUCUGAAGCUGGACCGGAUCGGGUCGCUGAGCGGACUGGGCUGUUAGUGGAGGUCCGCCGAGGGUAGAGACUGAUGGAGCCGCCACGUGAUUCAUGACCACUCAAAUAAAAAAAAAGCAUUGAAAUAGGCAUCGCAUUAAAUGGUAUUUAUGUGAGUGCUAAGCACAUAGUAUUGCUAAUGUGAAUUCAUUUAGCAUAGAGCCAGUGCUUUACACAUACGCUGCUGACUUAAAGAGGCUGCUGUAAUUCCUACUUUGUAUUUGUGUAAAAUGUAUACAACUAAAUCAUUAAGUCAUGCUACGUUUACAUCAAACUAUUACUUUGAUAUUUGAUCAUGUUUCAUCUUUAGCCUACCAUGUGUAUUUUCAAACCAAGAACUGUGUGUGACUGUCUGCAAGUGUUAAGUAAAUAGGCCAAGAAUAGUUUGUAAUUCAAAUAUUUGUAUCUGAAUCUGGUAUUUGAUCGUAUUAUGACUUCUGUACUGCAUUUAUUUCAUGUUCUCCAGAGUUGAUCUGUAUUGUUAAUUUUUAUUUGCAUGAUUAAACAUAUUUGACAUUUACAAAUGGUCAUACAAAUAUAUUGAAUGUAUUAAACAUCACACAGAUUGCAUCCAAUAUAGCUUUACGAUUCCUCGAACAUUUCCUCUUCAAUCUUUCAUUAAUUCCCCUUCCUUUCCUCUUGAAGCUUUCUUUAAUUCCCUUUCCUUC